UCUUCUUCCCUUCUUCUUCUUCUUCCCUUCAUCAUCCUAAGAUGCACUUCACCGACCACCGAGGAACUCUUCGCCGACCACCGGGAACUCCUCAAACGUUUGCCUCUCUACUCUGGGCUUUAUGUUACUUCACGCUGUACAUACGUUCGCCUCUCUCCUCUGGGCUUCGUGUUAGGGUUUGGUGGUUCAUUUUUUCUCUCUCUUCAGCUUGUGCUUCUGUAUUCAAGUUGGUUUUUGAAGAUGUCGUAUAGACGUAGAGGUGGUUUGAACGGGAGGGGUGCCAUCAUUCGACCUCCGGGAUACCGUUCUAAUGGCCUAACAAGUACUCACAUUAUAGGUGAAGAGACUCCACAAUUGCCUAAUUAUGGACAUGAGGCAGAUGCAACCAUGCUCAAUCAAGUGCUUAAUCACCAUAUGCCUAAUUCUUUGACCCAAGCAGCAAGCACCAGCCAACAGGCACCACGCAGCAGCUACCAAGCGUCAUUAAACAUGAAUAUGGCAGCAACAACUAACACAACUGACACACUUCAGCAGGUGCCAAACACAAUUCGUCAAGGGCCCCAUUCAACCCCCCUCCAUGAUACCGAUGUAGACCAUAAUCGUGAAGCAAACACAGAUGUACCUGAUGAGACAAGUAACCCUGAAAAGGACCAUUGUGUGCUGCACCCUGAUGGAUUAUGGUUUCCUCAUCGUGCCGUGGUUAACAAGGUUUCUCAGACAUCCUAUAAGUCAUAUUUUAAGGGACUCUAUUGCAAUUGGAAGAUGACUCCACCACAAGUUCAACAAAGGUGGUGGAAUGCUUUCAAGCAUGAGUUCUCCUGGGAUCCAUCAGUAGUUAAGUUGGUUAAGAAGGAAUGGAAAUCAAAGGCGAGUAGGCUCCUUACUGGUAUAGUGUCAAAGCUGUGCAAUGAACCUGGCUACAAUGCUAAAUGGUGUCCUCCUACCGCAAGGGAAGAAAUGAUUCAGAUCAGGUCUGAAGAGGAGAAUAAAAAAAGCAGAUCAAUGUGCAAAAAAUCGGAAUGGAGAUGGAGACCAUAAGAUUCACCAUCGACAAGGGUCCAUAUCCACAGACGAAGUGAGGCUAAAAUUGGCAAAGAAGCUGGGCCGCCAGGCAACUCCAUCUGAGGUUUACUACGAAACCCAUGCGGAUAGUGGUGGCCGAUUUGUUAAUGCUAAGGCAGAAACUGUUUGGAAUGACUUUAAAAAUAGAAAAGCAGCUAAUCUACAAUGUGAGGUUGAGAAUCGAAAGACAGACGAUGAGUUAUUCCUUGAGGCUACUGGUGGGUGGAGUGACAAGGGGAGAAUUUUCGGUUUGGGAGCAGCAACUGACUUUUUCUAUGAGAGACCCGAAGAUAGGAGGGCGAAAAAGUCACGUACAAAUUAUGCGAUGGAACAAAAGAAAGAGCUUGCUGAAACCAACGAGAAUCUUGCUGAAACCCAAGAGAACCUUGCUGAAACUAAGGAGAUCCUUGUUGAAACCCAACAAAGACUAGCUGAAACUCAAAAGCAUUUGGAGGCUCUUCAUGAGCAUGUGCGACUUAUUGUGCAAGCCAACAAUCUCUCGACCACUCCUUCUUCUACAUCCUUACCUUGAGGCCCACUAAUUUCGUAGGUGGCUAGCUGCAAACAUUGGAUUGAAGGAUUUUUUGUACAUUCAUAAGUAGUACAUUUUGUAAUUAAUGGUACCAAAUAUUUUACUAAGUUAAUUGGAGGGGCUACUUUUGCUUAGUGGUAGAAGCUCCUCCCUUGUUAGAUACUUUCUAAGCAUACUUAGAGGAUAUUUCUAGUGCUUUUGGCGCAUUUGGAAAAUGUUGUUACAUUUAACUUUAUCAAUUAUUGUUUUGUAA